GAGAUGUUGUUAAUGGUGACCCCUCGCCUGAGAUCAAACUCCCCUGCUCUAUCUAUUCGUCUCUUUGCACCUUUUCUUCUCAACGAUUCCUCAUGGCCGCAACGAGACAUCCACACACACACUCAUUUCUCUCUCUCUCUCUUAUUGUGGUUGCUCCAAUCGUCAUUUAUCCCUCCACCGUCCCCGCAGUGCCUGGUGGUUCUGCUCUGUGCCCGUCCCCCACAAGCAUUCAUUUCUCCCAUCAUCCAUGCCUUCCAUUAAUUAUUGAGCCGGUUGGAGGAGGAGGCCGAUGACUGCAGUAAUCAGUUGACUGGAGUACGUCGACCUGAUUAAUUACUUGUGGUGACAAAACUUUGCUUGAGGAGCAGGGCAAUUGGUCAACAAGACUUGUAAGAACUUCUUCAUUGAAAUUAAUGGAACACACACAGCACACACACACUCAGAGAGACAGAAAGGGGUUCGAAACGAUGAGUGGGGAUGGAGAAGCUCGAUUGAGACGGAAUCCUCCUCCUCCUCCUCUUGUCGUCGAUACCUCAGCGUGCCUGUGUAGAGCAGACGCAGGAUUCAGGACAGCAAGAGGAGCCAAAAAGUAUGUGCCGACCACAAACCUCUGCGUUCAGCCGAGCAUCAGAAACUCGAUCCAUCCGGUGAGAAGUGCGGCCGCUACCAGGCUGACGGAGCUACGGGAAAGAAGCCGACGUCAAUCGGCUUUGCUGCCCGGCCUUCCCGACGACCUCGCCGUCGCCUGCCUCGUCCGCGUCCCCCGCGCUGAUCACCGGAAGCUAAGACUGGUCUGCAGGCGGUGGCAGCGCCUGCUCUCCGGAAACUACUACUACUCCCUGCGCAGGACCCUCGGCCUCGCCGAGGAAUGGCUCUACGUCAUCAAAAGAGACGGCCGAGACGGCCGGAUUUCUUGGGAGGCCUUCGAUCCCGUCCACCAGCUGUGGCGGCCGCUCCCUCCCAUCCCCAAAGACUACUCCCAGGCCGUGGGGUUCGGUUGCGCCGCGCUCAGCGGCUGCCAUCUCUACCUCUUCGGCGGCAGAGACCCUCGGAAGGGCUCGAUGAGGAGGGUGAUCUACUACAAUGCCAGGACCAACAAGUGGCACCGCGCGCCGGAUUUGCUCCGGCGCCGACAAUUCUUCGGCUCUUGCGUCAUCGACAACCGCCUGUACGUCGCCGGCGGGGAGAGCGAAGGCGUCAGCCGCUCUCUCCGGUCGGCGGAGAUGUACGACCCGAGCAAGAACAGGUGGUCGUUCAUCGCCGAGUUGAGCAGCCCGAUGGUGCCGUUGGUCGGCGUCAUCUACCAAGGGAAAUGGUUCCUGAAAGGGCUCGGCCCCCAGCAGCAGGUUCUCAGCGAAGUCUACGCGCCGGAAAGCGACGCCUGGGAGAGCGUGUUCGACGGCAUGGUGAGUGGGUGGAGGAACCCCUCUGUUUGCAUCGACGGCGAGCUCUUCGGCUUGGAUUGCAAGGACGGAUGCAGGCUGAGGGUGUAUGAGGCGGCCACGGAUUCGUGGAGGCGAGGGACGGACAGCAAGGCGCAUCUGGGGAGCUCGCGAGCUGUGGAGGCGGCGGCUCUGGUUCCUCUCAUGGGGAAGCUGUGCAUCGUGAGGAAUAACAUGAGCAUCACUCUGGUGGACGUGGUGCGAGAUGGCGGCGGAAAUGGGAGCGAGGAGGAGAGAUGGGAGACGAUCGCCGGCAAAGGGCAGAUCAAAACUUUCGUCACCAACUUGUUAUCGACCAUUGCAGGCCGCAGUGGUGGCAAGACGCAUAUUGUUCACUGUCAAGUUCUUCACGCUUAGCUGUUACCACUUUUGGUAAAAUUUGAACACCUUUUUUUCUCUCUCUCUCUUUUAUUUUUUUGGAAUGAUCAUUUUGGAAGAUGAACUAUCAAGCUUCAUGUAUUUUGGAUAAAAUGUUCAAUGUUGGAUAUUUAUCAAUAAAAUAACUAUUAACUAA